AUGUCCCAAGAUACUUACAAUCUGGUGCAGUCCCGCUACGGCGACAUCGCCAAGCAAAGUACUGCCCCCAAGCGCGGCAAAGAAGACGAUAUCGCCAAAGCAUUCGGCUACAGUGCCGAAGACCUCAGUACCUUGCCCGAGAAGACUAACCUCGGCCUUAGCUGUGGGACUCCCGUGGCCUUCGCUAAUGUCAAAGAGGGCGAGACGGUCCUGGACCUCGGCAGCGGCAGCGGCAUCGACGUCCUCCCAACCGCCUGGAAGGUAGGCCUCAAGGGGCAGGCGAUCGGGGUGGACAUGACGAAAAAGAACAUUCAAAAGGCAGAACUGUCCAACGCCAGAAUCAUCGAAGCGAACAUCACCGCCAUCCCGCUGCCCGACGCCAGCGUGGACUGCAUCAUCAGCAACUGCGUCAUUAUCCUAGUCCCGGCGGCCGACAAAACGGCCGUCUUCACGGAGAUGGCCCGCCUUCUGAAGCCCCGGGACAGAGUUGGCAGUCAGCGAUAUUUUUGCGAGAAAGCCGCUUCCCGACCACAUUACCGGAGACAUAGCGUUGUAUUGUCUCUCGCUAUACCAGAGGCCGAAGAUAGCUCCGACAUCCGCCGCAAAUACCGUCCCUUCAUUCUUGAGGAAGGAGCCGCGGAAGACUGGGUCAACAGGCUCGAGUUGACCACCGCCAUGGAUAUGGCGGCGCAGCAACUGGCCAAGUCUAACAACCGGCUGAAAAUCCUCGUCUUGUACGGCAGUCUCCGUCGGCGAUCCUAUUCCCGCCUGGUGGCCUUAGAAGCCAGCCGAAUCCUCUUCCGUCUCGGCUGUGACGUCCGCGUGUUCGACCCCGAGGGGCUGCCGGUGAAGAAUGAUACCGAACACACCCAUCCCAAGGUGCAGGAACUGCGGGAGCUCAGCAAGUGGAGCGAUGGACAUGUUUGGGUGUCUCCCGAACAACAUGGCAACCUUACCGCCGUCUUCAAAAACCAGAUCGACUGGAUCCCACUCAGCACGGGCAGCGUGCGCCCCACGCAGGGUCGCACGUUGGCAAUUGCGCAGGUAUGCGGCGGAUCGCAGUCGUUCAAUGCCGUCAACUCCCUGCGCAUGCUCGGCCGGUGGAUGCGCAUGUUCACCAUCCCGAACCAGUCGUCAAUUCCCAAAGCCUACACCCACUUCCCGGACGAGGGGCAGCCGGGUGAUCAACGACUACUGCCGAGUGGGAACCGGGACCGACUGGUGGACUGCAUGGAGGAGUUUGUCAAAUACACCAUCCUAAUGCGACCGCACCUGGAGCUGUUUGGGGACCGGUACAGUGAGCGGGAGGAGAAGCGGGUGAAGGACGAGAGGGUCCGCGUCGAACAACAUGUCUAG